AUGAGCACAAAUGCAAAUAGAAAUAAACAAGCAAGUGAUGAAUUACCAAUUAAAAUUGUAAUUAUUGGAGAUUUAGGAGUUGGAAAAACAUCACUUAUUCAUAAAUAUUGCGAAUAUAGUGGAGAAGUUAAAGAGCUAAAUCAUAAGAGCUUAGUUUUUCAAAAUCGUAAAUUAAAACUAGUAUUACCUGAUACUUGUGGAGCUGAACAAAUGGCUACUGUUACUUCUGCUGUUUAUCAAAAUGCUUCUGCUUGUGUUUUUGUUUAUGAUAUUACAAAAAAUGAUUCAUUAUUAUCUCUUCAAAAUUGGGUUGGAGAAUUAAAACGAUACGGUCCAGAUAAAGGUAAUGUUCCAAAAUUUUUAUGUGGAAAUAAAACUGAUCUUGAAAGUCAAAUUAAUGAAAAUGACUUUAAAGAUUUUCUCACUAAAAAUCCAAUGAAAGACUUUAAAAUUUCUGUUCAAAAUGGUGAAGGAAUUGAUGCUAUGUUUAAUACAAUUCUUCCAGAAGCAAUUGAAGAAUCAAUUAAACAAUUGAAAGCAAAAGGUAGACCAAUUCCACCUCCAAUAAAAGAGAAAAAGAGUGGUAAGUGUGCUUUGCUUUAAUUCAAAAAUUGUUUGAUGUU